GGUAUUUCCUCCUGUUAUCUGCAUGAUUCAAUACAAAUGUCAAUAGUUUAAAAGCAGUAAUCAAACUCCCUGGGUAUCGAUGCUGAUCAUUCCUGCAAUGGGUCCCUCGUGGUAAGAAUUUGCACCAUGACAACCUAUAGAUCGUCAGGUUUUUUAUGGUUGUCAGCAUUUUCUGGUUAGAUUUCAGCUGAUGCCAGCAGAGUUCUGUGUGGGCUCGGAACUAUCUCCCGGAAAGGGAGGACAUCUGAGAGAAGCUUCUCAUGUUAUGCGUGUGCUGGUAUCGCAUUCGGAAGCACAGGUGAAGAAUGGCUAUUGUGGCGUUGAACCAUUGGGUUGGCAUACAUUUGACACUUCUGCAACCGAUAGCCAAUUCCUAGGAUUUGCCAAGAUUAGACUAAGUGCAUUAUUUGCUAGUAAUCAGCUGCAUGAUAACAAUCAGUUGUAGCAUUGCACCAAUGACCAAAAAUCUCUGCAAUAAAUGCGUAUUGAAGAAACAGCCACCGAAUUUGAUACCACCUAGAGGCAUGUGAUCAAGGAUCUCAUUGGCAACCAAGGGUUUCACGGCCGUAAGAAGUUCGGUCUGCAUAAUGACACAUGGGAGCCGCGCUAAGCAUUCCGCGUUCCGAGCUUACACAUAGAUUAACCACUCGCGUAUCUACGUUUGGACAUGGGAAUUCGAAGAUAUUGAUUUUUAUACGGGAUAAAGAUGGGGGUUCUGGAAAACCCAUAUCGAUAAGCUUAUGCGGGCAACGCCGCCGUUACAGGGGCCCCAGAUAUUUAUCUCAUCGUCUUCAAGGUGCGGAGGUAAGCUUAUUUCACUGACCCACUUCGUGCUACUAUUAAAGAACGGGAACGACGAUCAUGUAGUUUCAAACCAGGCCGUUUUACUUGAGCAAUUUCAUAGUCUUUUCUCGUGAAAUAUUGCACUUCACCUUUUGAGCACCAACAUGCUCGCAUUAUGGUCUUUUCUCUUGCUGCCAGUGGCGCAGACUGUGCAAGCGGCAUUGAGCAUUGGGGUAUCAAACUCCCAGGCUACGAACCCAGCUUCCUAUGCUGUUGAUGGAAACUCCAGCACCUUCUGGCAUAGUGAAUACAGCCCUGUUCUUGUUCCAUUCCCACACAUAAUAUACCUUGACACAGGCUCUGCACAAGUUCUCAAUUCAUUUACCUAUACACCAAGACAGGAUGGUAAACGCAAUGGAAACAUCGGCGACUACUCGCUGGCUGUAAGUACAGACAAUCAGACUUGGUCAACAGUUGCGACUUCCACUUUCCAAGACGACGCUACCAAGAAGACUGUAGGAUUUACAAAUAUCAAAGCUCAGUAUUUCCGCUUGAAUGCUACUACUGAAGCUGGAAACCGUGGCAGCUGGACCAGCGCAGCAGAAUUUGGAUUCUCAGUCGCCCCGACUGCUAUUGGAGGUCUGGGAGAAUGGGGCCCAGUCAUCAAUAUGCCACUUGUUCCAGUUGCUGGCUUCAUCGAGUAUUCCACAGGAAACAUUUGGACUUUUGCAGCAUACAGCCCUCUCGCAUUUCAGAUAGGUUUACAUGGUUACACUAUUUCAGCAGUGUACAAUCCUACAACAGGUGCCAUAUCUUCAGCGAAUGUUUCUAACACCCAGCAUGAUAUGUUCUGCCCUGGUAUGUCUUUAAUGUUUGACGGACGCGCUCUUGUCACAGGAGGAGAUACUGCAGACAAGACGAGCAUUUAUGACUCUGCUACGGAUCAGUGGGUAGCAGGACCCGCUAUGAAAAUUUCUCGCGGCUACCAAGCAACCACUACAACAUCAACAGGAAAGGUCUUCAACAUUGGCGGAUCCUGGAGUGGUGGCCAUGGUGGAAAGAAUGGAGAGAUUUAUGAUCCAAGCACGAACACAUGGUCCUUACUAUCAGGCUGUCCAGUUGCACCAAUGCUGACUGCCGACGCACAAGGUGCCUUUCGUACCGAUAACCAUGGAUGGCUGUUUGCUUGGAAGAACGGAUCUGUAUUCCAAGCUGGUCCAAGUAAAGCGAUGAACUGGUACGGAACGACUGGCACUGGAUCUCAAGUCGCUGCAGGUCUUCGCGCUUCUGAUUCAGACUCCAUGUGUGGAAAUGCAGUCAUGUAUGAUGCAGUUACUGGAAAGAUCUUCACGGCCGGUGGAUCUCCCAGCUAUCAAAACUCAGGUGCGACAAACAAUGUCCAUCUGAUCACAAUUGGAAGUCCCAAUGUGAAGCCUACAGUUCAAGCUUUGACAUCAAUGACAUACAAACGAGCUUUCGCAAACGGAGUCGUGCUACCAAAUGGAAAGAUAUUUGUCAUAGGAGGCCAGCCAUAUGCAGUUCCAUUCACAGACACAGAUGCGGUGUUGACACCUGAAUUGUGGGAUCCCACAACACAAAAUUUCACAAUCUUGCCUCCUCAUACCAUCCCAAGAACAUACCACAGUAUGGCUCUUCUGAUGCUUGAUGGAAGAGUUUUCACAGGAGGUGGAGGAUUGUGUGGAUCCAGCUGUGCUACAAACCAUGCCGAUGCGCAAAUAUAUAGUCCAGCAUAUCUUUUCAACGCCGAUGGAACCGCCGCAACGCGACCCGUCAUUUCCUCAGCUACAUCCACUGUUGCUGUUGGUGGAACAAUCACAAUCAUUACCGAUACCGCUGUAACCAGUUUCUCAAUCACUCGAUUUGGAUCAGCAACCCACACUGUCAACACCGAUCAGCGACGUAUUUCCCUCACGCCUGUUAAAACAAGUGGCACCACUUACACACUCACCAUCCCCAACGAUGCAGGAAUUGCAAUCCCAGGAUACUGGAUGUUCUGGGCCAUGAAUUCAGCCGGCGUACCCAGCGUCGCGUCGACCAUCAAGAUCACACUCUAAACAAAUGAACAGGAAUGAUUGGAAGUUUGGAACCCGGGAGUAAACACACCAUGGAACGUGUGAAUAAUUUUCUAACCAAAUUGCGUUUAUAUAAUGAGUAGUCCAAAUAUUUAACAGCAUUAAUUCAAGCUUUUGCCA